AUGCCUCUGGAUCACCGCCGCCUGUGCGGCCCGGAGGAAUCGCAGCCGCCGGAGGUUUGGGCAGCGGCCGCGGGGCUCCCGGAGGAGCAGGAGGAGGAGCAGGAGGGUGCGGGGCCGCGGGACCCCUGCGCGCUGCGGCCGCUGUUCGCGCGGGCCGGGCUGCUGAGCCAGGCGGAGGGCUCGGCCUACGUGGAGCUGAGCGGCGGCACCAAAGUGCUGUGCGCGGCUUGGGGCCCGCGGGAGGCGGCCGAGCCCGCCCCGGGAGGGGCCGGGCAGCUGCUCUGCGAGUUCCGCCGGGCUCCUUUCGCCGGGCGCGGGGCGCGGGGCCGGCCGGGCUCGGCGGCGGCGCGGGAGGCGGAGCGGGAGGCGGCGGCGGCGCUGCGGGAGGCGCUGGAGCCGGCGGUGCGGCUGGCGCGGUACCCGCGGGCGCGGCUGGCGGUCAGCGCGCUGCUGCUGCAGGACGGCGGCUCGGCGCUGGCGGCCGCGCUCAGCGCGGCGGGGCUGGCCCUGGCGGACGCGGGGGUGGAGAUGUACGACCUGCCGGUGGGUUGCGGGCUGUGCCGCGGGCCCGCGCAGCCCUGGCUGCUGCAGCCCGGCGAGCCCGAGGAGAGGCGGGCCGCGGCCAGGCUGACCCUGGCGCUGCUGCCCGCACUCAACCAGGUGUCGGCCGUGCUGGGCGCCGGGCAGGGCGGCGAGCCCGAGGACUGGGCGCAGGCGCUGCGGCUCGGCCUGGAUGGCUGUCACCGCCUCUACCCCGUGCUGCGGCAGAGCCUGCUCCGGGCCGCCCGCCGCCGGCACUGCGCGGCUGCCGGCACCGCCUGA